UAGAAACGGAGCAGUCUCGAGUAAACUUUGAAAUCCUCUGAAAAGGUUUUUGACUCAGUGACUGAGAACUCGGCUUUUGACUCAGUGAUGGUUUCUUAGUUUUUCGUGGCCGAUGAUGAUGAUGUAGCUCAGAAACAGUCUCGCUCGCUAUGACUUUUCAGGUUAUGCUAGAUUGGGAUAAAGUAAAUUUGGGCUGACAAUGGGUAUCUCAAGGAAGUGGAUCAAAGCAUUGGUUGGUCCAAAGAGAUCAGAAAAGGCAGAGUUUUCAGAGAAGGAUGGAAACAAGGUUGGCAAGUUUCGCCAUGAGAGAAAGCAUUCCAUCGAAUUUGAUGAUAAACCUCCAAACGAUUUUGAUGAUGAUGAUACUCCACAUAUUGGAGACGACAAUGGCCAUCCAAACCAUGAUGCCCAUUAUUCACCUUCUACUUCACAACAAGCACAUGAUGCCGCACAUAAUAAUCAACUUAAGAGGGAGGAAUUGGCUGCAAUACACAUUCAAACAGCAUUUCGAGGAUUUCUGGCCAGAAGAGCACUACGAGCUUUGAAAGGAUUGGUAAAGCUUCAGGCCAUUGUAAGAGGCCAUGCAGUGAGAAAACAAGCUGCAAUAACGCUCCGUUGUAUGCAAGCUUUGGUAAGGGUUCAGGCUCGCGUUCGGGCAAGGCGUGUUUGCUUAGCAGUGGAAAGUCAAGCUGCAGAGCAGAAACUUCAGCAACAGCUUGCAAGCGAAGCUAGAGAUCGAGAAAUAGAAGGAGGAUGGUGUGACAGUGUAGGAUCUGUUCAAGAAAUUCAGGCUAAAAUAUUAAAGAGACAGGAGGCUGCAGCUAGACGUGAGAGAGCCAUGGUAUAUGCUCUAGCUCAUCAGUGGCAGGCAGGACCAAGACAUCAGGCUGUUUCCUCUGGAUUUGAACCAGAUAAACAUAGCUGGGGUUGGAAUUGGUUGGAAAGAUGGAUGGCUGUCCGUCCUUGGGAGAAUCGCUUUGUUGACAUUAAUCUGAGGGAUGAAGUGAGGGUACAUGAAAAUGGAGCUAUGGAUGGUAAAAGUGGAAUCAGACCUCAGUUAAGAUCUGCUAACAAGAAAACAUUUGCAUCAAACAUUCAUCCCAACCCUGCAAGUCAGAGAACUGGUCCCACUCUUUCUGAUGGCUGUGAUUCUUCACCUAGGAAGUUAGCAGGUUUGCUAGAAUCAUCAAACGCACAGCCUGUUAAGCCAAAUUGUAAGGCAAAUGUUGGAAAUCCCGUUGAAGAAGCUAACUCAAAACCUGGGAUUGGGUCAAGAUCUCAUAGUAAUCCAAAGGAGAGAACAUCACAGGCAAAUAAGCAGGCCAAAAAACGAUUAUCUCUGCCUAACAUUGGCAUUCAUUAAUUUACAAGAGCAAUGCUAUUUGUCACAGAAUGUUUUCCAUGAAAAGUUUUACGGAAGUGCUGAUGACCAAUCACCACCAAGCGAGAUACAGUCACAAUAAGGUUGAAUAGUAGUUUUCUAAAAUAACUGCAUGGCGACUUUGAUUAGUAUGGAAUAUUGUAGAGAAGUUUUGGUGAAGUUUAGCAUUUUCCAAUUUACAAAUGUUGGCCAACACUGUUGAAGACCCAUUCCACUGUACUGAUAGGUUGAGCUAUCAAUUCUCUUAAAAUGUUACUCUCAGGAAGAGGAUUCUCAUCACCAAGUAAUCGCAAAUUUGUUUAGUAAAGAAUGUGAUCACUGAUGUUUUGUAAACCCCCCUAAGGAAUUUGUUUUGGACCGGUUUCAUAGCCCUGCUCUAUGGACUGGCCUUUAGAGGCCCAUUUAAAGGGUCACUCUCCCCUUACCUCCCCAAAAUAAGAUUUUUAAACCCUCGUUGAAGAUAUCUCACUCUAUGAACAACUCGCUUUAUACAUGAUUGGAGGCGCGACGUCUCACACAUAGUAGUGGGGUCCACUGGAUAAAAUGGUUAUCGCUCCCUCUCUCUCAUCAUUAGGGAAUAUAUGUUUUUGAUAUAUCCACCGAUUAUCUGACUAGUCCGGUUUGAGCAUUGUCAGACCCAGUAUAGGGGGUGACUCUCCCAAAAUUAUUUUCUCUAUUCCCAAGAAUUCGAACUCGAGAUUUUUGAUUAAGAGAAAUAAGCUCCUUACCACUUGACUCAAUGGUUGUUAGUAUUAGGGAAUAUUUUUCCACUUAUAUAUACUUCUUCAUCGAUUGAAGCGACAUCUUGCAUCUAUUGUUGUUAUGAGCUGUUAUUUUGCCAAAAUAUAGAGUCUCUUAACACCUGUGAUUCCCUCAUCUUUGAUUCAUACUACUGCCUCUAAGAUCACCAUUACAGCGAGAUAUUUCAUCCUAUCA